AUGCCUGAUAAAUUAACAAAUGUGACCCUAAUAACAAGAUUUUUACUUAUGGGAUUCCCUGAUGAUCAGGUGCUACAGAAACUUUUUGCUUCAUUCUUCUCCUUGGUUUACCUGGCAGCACUGAUGGGGGAACUCCUUAUUAUCACCCUCACAACCAUUGACCAGCAUCUCCAAACCCCCAUGUACUUUUUCCUGAAAAAAUUGUCUUUGAUUGAUAUCUGUUAUAUCUCUGUCACUGUCCCCAAAUCCAUCAUAAACUCUCUGACCGACAGCCAUUCCAUCUCCUUCGAGGGAUGUGCAUCACAGGUUUUCCUUGUUGUUUCCUUUGCUGGAACAGAGUUUGCCCUCCUUCUGGUGAUGUCCUAUGACAGCUAUGCUGCCAUCUGCUUUCCUCUGCACUAUGAGACCAUCAUGAAUAGAGGUGCCUUUAUGCAGAUGAUGACAGCAUCAUGGUUCAGUGGGUUUGUCUAUGAAUCCAUUCAUGUUGCAGGCACAUGUUCUGUCCAUUUCUAUGGGCCAAACAUAGUGCAUCAAUUUUUCUGUGACAUUCGAUUUUUGCUAACACUUGCUUGUUCUGGGGAGCAAAUUCUAGAAUAUGUGUUUAUCAUCAUUAGUUUUUGUUUUGUUUUUGUAUGUUUUACUUUCAUGGUUGCUUCCUAUGUUUUUAUUGUGUCCACUGUCCUAAGAAUUCCUUCUCCACAAGGCAGAUUUAAAACCUUUUCAACCUGCAUGCCCCAUCUAACAGUGGUAAGCAUGUUCUCUCCUGUAUAUAUUGCAUAUUUAGGUUUAAACUCAAAAUCCCCAUCAUCACUGAACCUUUUUAUGUCUGUGUUAUAUUCUCUGUUACUUCCAAGCCUGAAUCCUGUCAUUUACAGCCUGAGAAAUAGAGACAUGGAAGUGGCCCUUUGGAAAUUUUUUGGUGAAAAUGUGACACCGAGUAUAUAA